AAUACGUGAAGCAAAGUUCAUUAAGAUAGAAGAGAGGAGAGAGAAAAUUUGAAGGUACCGCUUUUCGUGCCCUCAUCAUUUACCCCCAUUUUUUCCGCAUUCAAAUCCAAGUUAGGGUUUUUGCAUUCUUCGAUUUUCUUCAGAUCUGUUCACUUCAAUUUUUGAUUCCCUCAAUUGAAUUGAAAAUUAUUGAAUUUUUAUUUAUCCUCAUACAUUUUUGAGAGGAUUAGAUCGACAAAAUACAUUUUUGAAUCUGGGUUUAUCUGGAUUUGAAUUGAUUGAAUUUUGGCUGAUCGUAACACAAUCAAAUUUCGCCGGAAAAUUGUGUGAAACUGAGUCGACGAUUUCUUGUCGAAUUACCUUUCAUGUUUUGCUUUGGGUUCGAAUUUUCUCCGACUUGUUUAACUUUUUGUGUGUGAAUAUUGAAGCUGGACAAUUUAGAUCUUGAAAUUGGCUCCCCAACGUCGGUCACAGCGCCACAUGGGUGGCCAGAUGCAGCAGAGCAAUGCCGCAGCGGCGGCAGCUCUGUAUGAUCAACCCGGUGCCUCCAGUGGGAAUCUUUACAAUGCGGGUCCCACUAGCGAUGCCGGCGAUGCUGUCAUGGCUCGCUGGCUCCAAUCCGCCGGCUUGCAGCAUCUGGCCUCUCCCCUGGCUUCCAACCACAUGCCUAAUCUUCUCAUGCAGGGCUAUGGAGCACAAUCUACUGAAGAGAAGCAGAGGCUUUUUAAAUUAAUGAGAAACCUGAAUUUUAACGGGGAAUCUGGCUCUGAGCCUUAUACGCCUACAGGCCAGAGUGUUUCCGCAGAGGGUUUCUACUCUCCUGAGUUCAGAGGGGAUUUUGGAGCCGGGCUUUUGGAUUUGCACGCUAUGGAUGACACAGAACUUCUGUCAGAGCAUGUUAUGUCAGAGCCCUUUGAGCCUUCGCCAUUCAUGCCUGAUCCUACAACAUCAUUUGAUGAUGACAAAAAUGUGAUCCGCAACAAACAGCUAAGAGGGCAAGCACAAGCCGAAGCAGAUGCUCCUGGUGCGCUGACUGCAUUUGACAAAGAGAUUGCUCCUAAAGAGAAUAAUGUGGCCAAGAUAAGAGUUGUUGUGCGCAAACGGCCUUUGAACAAAAAGGAGCUUGCUCGGAAAGAAGAUGAUGUAGUUACUGUUUAUAACAAUGCUUUGACUGUUCAUGAACCCAAGCUAAAGGUGGACUUAACCGCAUAUGUUGAGAAGCAUGAGUUUUGUUUUGAUGCUGUUCUGGGUGAGCAUGUAACAAAUGAUGAGGUAUACCAUGGUACUGUUGAACCAAUCAUUCCAACCAUAUUUCAGCGUACAAAGGCAACAUGCUUUGCCUAUGGACAAACUGGUAGUGGUAAGACAUUUACAAUGAAACCUUUACCUAUCAGAGCUGCUGAAGACCUUCUGAGAUUGUUGCACCAACCUGUUUAUCGUAACCAAAGAUUCAAAUUGUGGCUCAGUUACUUUGAGAUUUAUGGAGGCAAAUUGUUUGAUCUCCUUUGUGAUAGAAAGAAGCUCUGUAUGAGAGAAGAUGGGCGGCAGCAAGUUUGCAUUGUUGGACUGCAGGAAUUUGAAGUUUGUGAUGUGCAAAUUGUUAAAGAGUAUAUAGAGAGAGGGAACGCAUCUAGAAGUACUGGGACAACAGGUGCCAAUGAGGAAUCUUCAAGGUCACAUGCUAUCCUUCAACUUGUUGUGAAGAAGCACAUUGAAAUAAAGGAUACAAGACGAAAUAUUGAUGGUAAUGAAGCUAAGAAUGGAAAGGUUAUUGGAAAGAUUUCUUUCAUCGAUUUAGCAGGAAGUGAAAGAGGUGCAGAUACGACUGAUAAUGAUCGACAAACAAGGAUUGAGGGAGCUGAAAUUAAUAAAAGCCUUUUGGCUCUUAAGGAGUGUAUUCGUGCACUUGAUAAUGACCAAAAUCAUAUUCCAUUCCGAGGGAGUAAACUCACUGAGGUUCUUCGUGACUCCUUUGUCGGCAACUCAAAGACUGUCAUGAUAUCUUGCAUUUCUCCAAAUGCAGGCUCAUGUGAACAUACACUUAAUACUUUGAGAUAUGCUGACAGGGUAAAAAGUCUUUCAAAAAGUGGGAAUUCGAAGAAGGAUCCAUUGUCAAGCUCACUACCAAGUGUGAGUGAGGAAUCUUUGUCCGUGCCAAGUACACAAGUUUUUGCUGAUGUGGAGGUUGUUCAGGAGCGUUCAGAGGCUAGAGCAGCUGAUGUCAGUAGAAAAGCUUUAGAGAAGGAAAGCUUGUCUUACAACCCUUCAUCUGAUUUUCCUUCAAGUUACAGCUACAAUGCGAGGAGUGUGAAUGGAGCUACUUCUGGAUCAACCGAUGGUGAUAAACUUGAGAUUAGAAAUACUUACAGUAGUUCUCCUAGUCAAAUGACUCACUCAACAUUUGCUCAAAACUCCGCUGAUGUAAAAGAAAGCAUUCAGAAAGUAUCCCCUCCUCGCAGGAAAAUCUCAAGUAGGGAUGAAAGAACAGAAAAGCUUGGAAACUGGCUUAAGAAGGAGGGGGGUGGGCCCGAUUCAUCAACCGUGACUCACAAAUCUCAAAGUAUGAGUACUGCAAGUACAAACAGUGUUCCAUCCAGGCAUUAUGAACCUGAAUCCUUUGUGAAUGAUGGAAAUAUUGAUGCAAUAUUGGAGGAGGAAGAAGCACUGAUUGCUGCCCAUCGGAAGGAGAUAGAAGAUACGAUGGAGAUUGUUCGUGAAGAAAUGAAGCUUCUGGCAGAAGUUGAGCAGCCAGGGAGUCUAAUUGACAACUAUGUAACACAAUUAAGUUUUGUGCUAUCUCGGAAGGCUGCAGGUCUGGUUAGCUUGCAGGCUCGGCUUGCCAGAUUUCAGCAUCGGCUUAAAGAGCAGGAAAUUCUUAGCCGGAAGAGGGUUCCACACUAAUCAUGCUGUUUCUCUGCUCCCGUAAAGAGACCUCCUGCUGUCGUGUAGUAAUAUUCUACGUCUCCAAUGCACCUCGCUCAACACUUACAAGAGUUUUACAAGAUUUUAUUGGCUUAGUGCAAUGAGGAAGCAGUAAUGUUACAGGUCACUAGUGUGUGUCCUGCUCAAGCUUCUGACCCAGAGAACUGUGUGAAAAGGUUUGCGUUUGUUGUGGUUCUUGUGGAAGAUGUUCAUGUAGUCAAGUGUAUUAUUUUGGUGGUGUGUGAUGUGCUAUAGACGGACUUGUAGUCUGAUGAAGGUUGAUAGGGGGAAAAGUUCACGCAACACUUGUGUAGUGAGAAGUGGAAGAAAUAUUUUAAUACCCAUCAUGUUCUUUGAUUCAUUGAGUUCCAAUUUCUCUUGUAAUUUGCAUAUAACCACAAUGAUGGGAAAAUAAUUGAAGAACAUUAAGUUGACCGGGAAAUUCUUCUCUUGUUUCUGAUUUGACUUUUUAGUUACACUCCGAAGGGAUUUGCAUGCUGUGGCGUUAUCUUUACAUCAAGGUACUCUCGAAAAUUUACUCCUUAAGAAAGCAGCAGCGAAAGUUAGAAUUGGUUUGGCAAAACUUUUUAAUAUACUUUUUUCUAUUGCAACAAUUUUCAUAUAUAGAAGUUGUAUAUUGCCUUAAAAAAACUGUUGUAUGUUAAUUGUAUUAUAUUAAUUUUUUAUGCCUUUUUGUAUUAUA